AUGACCAACUCCAACUCACUCCGACACAAACGAUCUCAAGCCAAGGGAUUGAUAUCCAUUCCCUUCCCGACCUCAUCCUCCACAUUCAUGUUUGAUAACACCCAACAAGAUCAGGAAGCUCGUCCUAGGUUCAGUGGGGAAAGUCUGACUCCUAAUGAUGGGUAUUCGGGAUUGUUCACCUCAGGAAUGUUCCCCAAUUGCGUGCCCACCCCCUCUCCAACCUUAUCUUCCUUCCCUUCUCCACCGAAAUCUCCACCAGUCCAUGGUCAUGAGCCCCUCAAAUCCGCUCAUCUCGUGCCACCGUCUUCAUACCCCAACAAUAACUUCAGUACACCCCAACGACGUCGUCGAUCAUCUAUCAUCCAUACCACCGCCUCCUCCGUCUCGCCUAAGAAGCUCAAAUCCGUAGGAGUCGAUAAUGGUGUGGAAAGGGCUCUGGAGGGUGUAAUGCGUAAUCUGAGAGUUACAAUCACACCCAAGAAACAUAGUUAUAACGGUAGUGGGAAACUGCAAUCUAGAUGGUCUUCAUCCACUGAAGGAUCUUCGAUCGAUACUCAUGAGAAUAACGAGGAUGAAGGGGGAUUGUUCAAACCUAGAAAAUCCAAUGAGACUAGUAGGUCGAAAGUGACUAUCAAAUCUACGAAAUCUACGAAAUCCAAAAAGGAUAAAGGUAGGAAGUCCGAAGAUACCGAUAGAGAUAGGAUGGAUUUGGACAUACCUUUCCCCACGAAAGGUGUGCCGGAAGUACCACCCGUACCAUCUCAGAUCAUUAUACCAACGACUCCAGGGAGAAGUAGGAGGAUGAUGAAUGGUCUGGUAAAGAGGUUAGGUCUGACACCAAAGAAGAACAAACAAUCUAUACCACCUACAUCCAUACCUCCAAUGCCUGAGUUCCACAACCCAUUACCAUCCCCUCUGCUACUCCCACUUUCACUUCCACUUCCACCCUCAAUCGAAGAUCCCGAACGUACCAUCCCUCGAAAAUCAUCUUUUGGCACUAUCCGAUCGGCUCUAACAAAGAAAUCGUCCAAUACGACACUACGAUCUAUGAGAUCAGCUGCUCAUCCUACUCAUCCAUUUGCAAAUAUCGAUAAUUGUACACCUCCUUUACCUCUUCCAGCAGGAUUACCUCGACCAAGUCAUCACGAUGAUCUUCCCGAUUUUUUUCCCUCAACUCCCAAAGGCGGUAGGAGAACACCCAAAUCAUCUAUCGGUCAACCUAAAUUACAACCCAACCAAAAUCUCUCCCCAUCUCAUUUCCUCAAGGAAUUACCUAGGAGAGCACCCGAAACUCCUAAACGAGAUGGGUUUGAUAUUCCCCGUGGACAAGACGGUGAACAGGAUGGGGUGAUUAGAUUUGAACAAGAGCAUUUAGGUGAUAUAAUCAUGUCUCCUGCUUCUUCUCGAGAUAUUGACAAUCCACCUGAUUUAGAAAAAGAGGUGGUUGUUGAAGAUUCACUUGAUUUCGAUAAAUCUCAAGAAAUCUUCACACCUAUUUCCAAACCCCAACCUAAUGCCAGACCGACACAGGCUCAAAUUGUCAUUCAACAGACGUUGAAUUCAUUGACCAAAACACAAUCUGAAAUGCUCUCAUCGCCAUUCCAACCAAGUGGUAUUUCAACGCCUACCAGUCUCGCUUUAUCCCAGCCACAGAACCCAGGUGGAAAAGGAAGACCGAAUGGUUUAGGGUUGAAUAUCGGUCUGACCAAGAACAAGUCACAUAUACAAUUAGGCUCACCACUCAAUCUCACGAAUAUCCCUUUGAACAGUAUGGGCACAGCCAAAUUGAGAAGUAAGAAAUCUACCGAAGGUUUAGGUUUAAAAUCGGGUGGACCAUUAUCAAUGAAGAAUGUCAACUCUAUGGGCCUACCCGCUCCUGCUCCAGCUUCUUCUAAUGAGAACAAGAUAUACUCGAGGAUGUCAAGGAAAGAUCCAUUGGGAAUAAUGAAACGUUUCAAACCGUCUAUGAAACCAUCCGACAUAUCUGAUGAUAUGCCAUAUAGAGGUGGAGCAGGUGAUGGAUGGUCUACUCCUAUUCCUUUCCCCGAACCGAGACCUUCCGGGGAGAGAGAAAGGAAGUUGAAUCUAGGUACUGUAGAAAGUUAUUUCGAUCCGAAUCUGGGUACUUUCGGUACACCCAGAUCCAUAUACCCAGUCAAAAGAGGGGAAAUACCGGAUUUCACAGUUCCUCCACCACCCGAUUCCAAUCAUUCUUCUUAUACCACCCAGAAUGCAGAUGAUAUGGAAAUGGAGAUGGAAAUGGAGAAUACAAAUUGUAGAUUUGAAGAUGCAGAUCAACAGCAAGGUCAGAGUCCAGAAUAUUAUUUUCAAUUAGAAAGACCUUCUCAAGAUGAUAUCGAUAUCGGUGAUGACGUCAACGAUGGGAAUGACGAUGGAAAAUAUGGUUUAGGUAGAGGAUAUGGACAGGACAACAGGAUCAAAAAAUCAAGUGAUCAUACGAUACAUACCAUCCAUACCAUGACUACUGGUGAAGGGGUUGAGGAAUGGGAGUUGGAGAGGUAUCUGAGAGAUUUAGAGAGGGAAGAGGAAAGUAGGGUAUCAUCGAGAAGAGGUGAGGUGGUUUAG